CAGUGAUUCCCAGUGGAGUGAGGACUGCUUGGAGUGUGAGAGGCAGCAGUGGCCACAAAGGUGGUAGAGCCAUGGCUUUCCGCAGCCCCCAGGGUCCCUACCUGAACCCGGCCGUCCCCUUCUCCACGUCAAUCCAAGGUGGUCUCCAGGAGGGACUUCAGAUCAUCAUCCAGGGGACCGUCCUUCACUCUGCUGCAAGCAGGUUUGCGGUGAACCUGCAGACUGGCUUCAGUGAAAAUGACAUCGCCUUCCACUUCAACCCCCGCUUUCAAGAGGGAGGCUAUGUGGUUUGCAACACGAAGCAGAAAGGAUGCUGGGGUCCUGAGGAGAGGAAGAUGCAAAUGCCCUUCCAGAAUGGGGUGCCCUUCGAGCUCAGAAUCCUGGUACAGAGAUCUGAUUUCAAGGUGACAGUGAACAAGAAUGUUUUCCUCCACUAUGAGCACCGCGUCCCCUUCCACCUUGUUGACACCCUCUCCAUCAAUGGCACCUUGAUGCUUUCCUACGUCAACUUCCAGAACUUUUCUGCAGCCCCCAUCCAGCCCUUCUUCUCUACGACGCACUUCUCCCAGCCUGUCCGUUUCCCACGGAAGCCCAAGGGGCACAAACCAAACCCUCCAGGCAUGUGGCCUGCCCAACAGGCUCCCAUUGCUCAAACAGUCAUCCAUACGGUGCACAGCGCCCCUGGACAGAUGUUCCCUAAUUCUGGAAUUCCACCCAUGGUGUACCCCAGCUCAGCCUAUCCAAUGCCAUUCUUCACCAGCAUCCCGGGCGGGCUGUACCCCUCCAAGUCCAUCAUUGUGUCGGGCACUGUUCUGCCCAAUGCUAAAAGGUUCCACAUCAACCUGCGCUCUGGGAGUGACAUUGCCUUCCACCUGAACCCCCGCUUCGAUGAGAAUGCUGUGGUCCGCAAUACGCAGGUCAGGGGCUCCUGGGGCUCUGAGGAGCGAAGCCUGCCCAGAAAAAUGCCCUUCAACCGGGGCCAGAGCUUCUCGCUGUGGAUCCUGUGUGAAGGUCACUGCCUCAAAGUAGCCCUGGACGGACAACACCUGUUUGAGUAUGGCCACCGCUUGAAGAACCUGCCAGCCAUCAACAGCCUGGAAGUGGCGGGUGAUGUCCGGCUUACCCACGUGCAGACAUAGAUUGUCCCCUGACCCUGGGUUGAGGGCCGGGGGAUGCUGUCUGGGUCUCCUGGUCACUUCUCCCCCAGCUCCAGCACCAAGGGGAGAGGCACUGCCAGGUGUGAGACAGGGGAAGCAUCCCCUCUGCACUGGGGGGAGGGGAAGGCCCCAGCCUCCAAACUCCCAACCCCCUGGGCCUCCAUUCAUCUCCACUUGGAGGCUGGUAGCAUGGUUCACAGGUAGAAUGCCUGCCUAGCAAGCAUCAGGCCCUGAGUUCAAACUGUCUAAAAAACAAAAACCCUCAUGUUCCAAGCCAUCAGCUAUCACGGGUUGGGUGGCCUCUGGGGCAAUUUCCCUUUCUCUGCUCUUUAACUCUUCUCCCUAACCUUGCCUCCUGCUCCCACCCUUCACCCCCUCCAAGAAGCCUGUCCAUGGCUGACCAGAGCUUCCCCCACUGUCCCUAUGAUAAAUAAAAGUGCUGGUUACCCUCACGCGGGAUGACUGA